UAUUUGAUUAUACUUUUAAAUAAAUAUUUCAAAUUCAUAUGUAUAUAAACAAAAAUAGCAAGCACUUUUUAUUAAAAACUAUUUAAAUAACUAAAGUGUAUUAAAAAAAAUUGCAACAAAUUAUAUUACGAAUUAAAAAACAACUUUACUAUACAAGUUUAAAAAGAAAAAAAUACUUAGCGAAAUGGAGGCAAUCAAAUCAUCUUUUAAUCAUAACAUCACUUUAUCGACUCAAAAUGCAUCUGCUUCUAAUAACAAUAACAGUAACAAUAACAAUAGAAAUAAGAAUAACAAAUCACAAUCACCAGAAAUCAAACUUUUUGAUUCUACAGCAGAAACCGAUCUACUAAUGGUACCACGAAAUAAUCCUCUUUUCUCGUGUAAAAGUCCGGCUAGGUUAGUCAUACAAGCUGCGCCAAAAAAACUUCCGUCGGAAGAAGAUUCACACACAUUAUCAGUAAAUUACUCACCUUCACUUGAAGACUCUACUGUCGUUAAUAUUCCUGACAAUAAUAUAAAUACUAAUAUUGAUAAUACUAAAAAAAGUAUCACUAACAAUAAUAAUAAUCACUAUACAAACGAAAGUAAUAUGAAUAAUAAGAUUAACAAUAAUAAAUAUGAUAACAAUAUAAAUGAUGUAAAAAGUUUCACAAGAAGUAAUGCCAAAAGCACAUCAGACUCAUAUUCUACUGAUAAUAUCGAAAUUGAAACUUUGGCAACUACAACAAUUACAAAUAAUGAAGGGUCCGAAAAUGCAGAUUUAAUAACAAUGAGAACGGAAAUUCCAUUACCGGUACCUCAAUUAGAGAAAUUUAAGAAACUAACUGAUUCCGAUGGAAUUAUUAUCAAUGGUGACAUUGUUUUAGAUACAAUUGAAAAGGAUUUCUUGCGAAUGCAAGAAAAUAUUGUCCACACAAUGGAAAAAAAAUUUGAGUUUCAAAAUAAUUUGUGCCAGAGUCUUGAAAGACAAUUAAGUAAAGAUGAAAUGGCUUGUUAUGAUACAGAAGUUAAUGAACUAAAUAUCGGCAAUGAAAAAAAUUUAAUAAGAAAUGAAACUUUUAUUGAUCCAGCUGACGCUACUGAUUUUCUUAGUAUAGCGGAUAACAAAACAAUCCAACAAAAUAAUUCUAAAACUGAUUUAUGCGUAACUUUAAAUAAACAAAAUAAAGACAAUUUUGUAGCAGCACAAAAACGUAAUAAUCUGAAUAAAUCAGCUAGCACUUUAGAUAUUCCUGUUAAUGCUAGUCAAAUUGUUUUAAUCGGUGAUACAAGAGAAUUUUCGCCUUUAGCACAAGGUGAUGAAUCAAGUUCAGCAAAAUAUGCGCUUCAAAAAAAUUUAUCUCUUCCAAGUAUACCUGACCAACGAGAAAACCAGCAAUUAGGUCAAAGAAAACGGGUCAAAACACCACAACUUGGUGAAAAAGUAGGCGUUACCUUAAAAAAAGUCACACCUCCGCGAUCAAGAAUUCAAAUAAAAAAUAAUCCAAUGUUGGGCGUUGUAUUACGUAAGGUUGAGCGUAAGCCUCCACCUAUUAAAAAUAUUAUAGAUGACGACAAACCAUUGUAUCACUUUUCAAUUGUACGUUCAAAACCUGAUAAUAAUUCCAUUAAACCAAAACCUGCUAAGACAAAAGUGUCUACUGCUCAAUCCACUUGUACUACUAGUAAAACAUCACCUAAUGUUUCUACUAGUAAUUAUCAAAAUACUAAACUUCCACCAAAAUCUCUUCAUUCUACUUAUGAUCCACGGCUUAUGUCCGAUAUGACUGUGGUGAAAGGUGCAAUGAGUGGUAACCAAGAACAACAGCAAUCAUCAGUGGCAUCAAUUAAAGCAAAUGCUCCGGUUAGUCAUGGCAAACCAGCAUUCCCAAGUGCAAAAGUUCUGUCCCCACCUAAACCAAAAUUAGUUACCAUUGAAAAAGUGGAAGGGGACAAAAUAAUAAUUAUAAAAAAACUAGUAGUUCCAAAAAAUUGUAAAAUUCCUCCGGAUGUGUUAAAAAAACAAAUCGCAGCUUUAAUGGCUGCUGAACAAAGCAAGAAUUUUAAAUUAAAUUAUCUCUCUUCGGAAAACUUAAGUAGGAGUAUUGACGAUAAUAAAAACGCCGGAAAGUCAAUAAGAUCUCAUAUAUUGGCAAAUUUGUCAGGGGAAUUCUCUUCCAAUUCAUCACCUAUAGAUAAAAGUCUUGCUGUAAACAACAAAGUUUAUGAACAAAAAAAAAAUUUAAGUGAUAAUAUUAUAACAAAUUCAAAAACCUCUUAUGAAACUAAACAUGUUAGUUCCAAUUCUUAUUUGAAAAUAGCUAAUGAGAAUUUCGACACAGAAUCAAAAUCAUCUAAUCGUAAACCAGAUAUUAAAAAUAUUCCAAUUAAUUUCACACGCAAAACGAGAAUGAUCUCACCAAGUUCAAGUUUGUCAUUAUCAUCGGACUCGUCAUCAUGUUCAUCUCCUGUAAAUAAUGAAACUCAAAAUACUAUAUCAGAAUCAAUUUCCAAAGACGCUGCAUUUAGUCUAUCAAAUUAUCAUAUCGAUUACACAAAAAAUGCUAAAUCUAGUCCAAAAGCAAAGCAAAAAUUACUUUCCAAAAUUAUUAAUCAAAACAAUUUAACAUUAAACACCAGUGAAGCAAUAAAUAAAUCUGAUGUAAAUUACAAAUCAGCGAGGAGACACAACCCACCUAACAAGUGCUUUCCUGCAGAAGAAAAUUCGUCAAAAACGUUGAAUACACAGUCAAUGAAAGUAUUAAGUAGUUCUUUACCAUCACCUAAACCACCCGAUAUAAUGGAAAUAGAAAAAUUACUGCAACAAAAUCGAAUCCCACUUUCUCCAAUUCAGUGUCGUGCCGCCACAUCUUCUAGUACAACUAAUGUUAGUACAGAAUUUCCACUAACGACAACAUGUUCAACUAGUUCCCCAACAUGCUUAAUAUACGAUAAUUGUGGAGUUAAAAAAUUAAGCGGAAAAAAUAAUGAGAAACAAAAUGAAAACGACUUAUACGACUCUGAAAUUGAAAAAAUGACAAAUUACUUAAAAAGUCUACCUGAUUAUAGCGAGUUAAAUAAAAAAAUUAAUAAAGAGUUCAAAAAUUGCGAAGAACUGUAUGAUGAGAUACAGAGUAUAAACAAGGAUAUUCAAUUACAGCAAGCUGCGGCUGCUCAACAGCAACAAAAUUCAUGUAGAAAAUUACCCCUUUCCAAAUCUUGUUCUCUUCAAAGUGUUCUAAAUCGUGGUACAUCAAAUAAGAAUGACGAUACUCAAUUUUCUUUAUUGCAGUCAUUCCAUCAACAGCAUCAACAACCGGAAAGGCAGCUGCCAGUCACUGGAAUAUCAAAUUCAUUAUUUUUUCAGCAGCAACCAGUUCCAAAAAAUUAUAAAAUUAAUAGUAGUAAACCAGAAAAUAAAGAUUGCAGUAAAAAUAACAGUAAUAACAUUAAUAAUGAGCCUGUUUAUCGUACAGCCUAUCCAUCAAUAUUCUCGCAAUUGACAAAAAAACUUGCUGCUAGUAAUAAACCUUUUAAAAAUAAUAGUACGGAAACUAUUGAUGUACAUCUUGAAACUCAGAAACCACAAUCAAAUUCAAAAUUAUCACGAAGCAUUUCGAGUUCCAGCGUUAUAAACAGUUCUAACAAAAAUGCAUUUGACCAUCCGGAAAUAGGUAACUUUUUACUACAACAAAGAACUCAGCCGUUUAACGAAAGAGAAAAUUCUAUGCACCAGCAACAACAACAGCCGUUAAAAAAAAGCUCGUCAAAUUCAUGUUUAUUACGUGGUAAACAAAUAAUGAGUGACUUUUGGAAUGAAAAAAAUUCAGCCAAUUUAUCGCGAAGCAAUUCUUUUAAAUGGAAUUACAAUAAAAUUGUAUCCGGUAAUACUCAGCAAAAUACGAACUUGAAAAAUGAAUUUUCGCCAUCUGUAGAAGAAAGUAAGAUACCAGUUUUUAAAAGUAUUGAGGGCCAAGGGGCUUUCGCUCCUGUCAUACCAAGAGCAAGACAAGAAAAUACUUUAAAACCAUUUAAAUUGCAGAAAAAUCUGUCUUUAUCGCAUAUUGAUAACCGCAUACAGCAAGCUACAAGCAAAGAAGAGUUAUACAAUAUAAUUGUUAACGACCAACCAAGGUCACUUCCUAACAAUCUCACAACUCAAAUCUCAAAUAGUUUUCAAAAGGGAUCUAUGACUCAAAAUGAUAUUGACGGUUCUCAUAUUAGAGGUUUUAGAGAAAUGAAUGGACCAAACGGUACGGAAAUAAAAGAAUCUGUUCCAGGAGUAGACAAAAUACCGGGAUUGCUAAAUACGAAUUUAAAUAAAAGCGUUUCUUUAGCAAGUGUUCCAACUACUUUAAACAACAGUUUAAUGUAUCCCGCGCAAGGAAAUCAAAUACAAAUGCCUCAGCUACCUUCUCAACCAGAACAUUCGAUAUCAACCCAAAGAAGCAAAAUUCAAGUAGAAAGGGAAAAGUUCUUUCAGCAAGAUUUUAUGCAAAUACCCAAAUCUACCAAUCAACAAUCCCAAAACAUUCAAUCUAUUUCAAAUACUCAAAAAUUUUCGGAACAGCACAAUAAAAAUAAAAACUUUCAGUUAAUUGAAACAAAUGUUGAAAACACAAAACCUAAUUUGGGUGAAAGUUAUUUUGGUAGAGGUUUAUUGAAAAGUAGCUCAGCGUCCUGUGUUCUUGAAAACUCAAAUCAAUAUAAACCAUUUUCUAAAUUACAAUCGUUACAAAAUCAAGAUCAUAUAAAUUCAUUGUCGUCAAAACCGGUAACUAAAUCAAUAAAAAAUUUAUCUGACCUUAACCAAAUAAAGAAGCCAAUAUACCAGCAAUUUGGGCUCGCUAAAUCAGCUUCGAAGCAAAAUUUAUCAUCUUAUGCCGGAUCAAUAUACAAACCAACAAUACCUCAAAGUUCUGAACUACUUCAACCUUCAGUAAAAGUACAUUUACCUGGACAAACAAAUGCAAACUCUUGCAAUGAAAAUUUUCAGUAUAAAGAUCAGGUUAGUCAUUGUGUUAAUCCAGAUAAAAAUCAUCAACAAGUUUUUGAACCAAAAAUAAAUAAUUUACAACGUACAAAAAGUGAUGUGAUAACAUUCAAAAGACAAGGUGAUAAUAAUGUUGAAAAAUGUUUGAAUGAUAUUUUGAAAGUAACUUCUGGAAAAUCUGCCGUAGGCAUAAACGUACCUAAAACACAUAUCUAUGCUCCAACUACGCAUUUAGCAACUCCUACAACAAUUCAGCAAAAGCAAUCUAAAAAAUUUGUUAUUGAAAGUGGAUGUUGUGGAAAUUUAACUCACACUAAUCAACAUCAACAAAAUUCACCAUCAUACACGAAAGCUGCUUACCCAAUUACAAAAUCGAAUAGUACGUCUGAUGUUCAAUCAUUUACACCAAUUUUUGAUAAACCUUCGUCGUAUCAACAGCAAAUGCAAAUAUUGAAAAAACCAUUGCCAGGUUGGAGUUCUUUUAAUUGUAGCAAAAACCAUGUAAAAAGUGUUAGUGAAAUUAAAUAUGAUAACGAUGUAAUAGAACAACAAAAUCUUUCAACUUUUAAAUGCAACUCAAACAAAGAGCCAAUUAAUUAUAAUGACCAUCGUAAUCAAAUUGCAUCAACACCAGGCUGCGAAAAUCAAAACAUUAAGCAGCAUUUUUUACCAUUACUUAAUAAUAAUAGUAAUAACAUUGACUACUGCAAAAACGCGAAAAAUAAUGGUAUAAAUAGCUUUGAUGUGGAUGAUAAACGCAAUAAUUAUCUUAAUAAAGAAAAUUUAAUGCAGCAUGCUCAAUCACAAUAUGUGACAGUAAAAACUAAUUCAAAUAAACAAAGCGAUCAAAAUAAUGGACUUAUUAAUUUUAAUAACAGAAUUGGAAAUUUAAUAGAGUCGCCAUCAAUUUUGAAUACUUCAAUAUCGGCUAACCAAGAACUUUGCUUAAACAAUCACAAGGAUAAUACUAGUAAUAUAACUGUAUCUCCAAAGCUUGGAUUUCAACCGUUAACAAAUUGUGAUACUAAUAUUAACACAAAUCAAUAUGUCCCAUUAAAUAACAAAAGCCUCAGUAACAGUGAUUACAUUGAUGAAAAUGUCCGAACUGAUGUAUUAAAGGCAUUUGAUCCACUAUAUUACCAAAAACAACACCAACAACAGAACUCUCAAAUACACCCACACAAAAUAUCAAAUUCUUCCAAUAUUCAAUGUCAUAAGUCUCAUCAACAUCAAACUUAUAGCAAUAGAAAUCAGCAAGUUCCGUUUCAAGUAACGCGAAGUUUUUCAAAUAAGCAAUUAACUAAAAAUAGGGUACCUGAAUUUGAUAUGUCAGGCACCUCUAUGAGUAGUCCCAAAAGCCAACAAUUACAACAAAUGUUUCAUCAACAACCGGUACAAUUACCACAACAACAGGCACCUCCUCAACAAAUAUUCAAAACACAAUCAGCCACCCAUAUGACAGGAAACUUAACAAACAAUACCGAAAAAGGGGUCAUGUUCAAUAAUAUUCAAUAUCAAGGGCCUGGACCACAACCACAGUAUAAAUUAAAUAACUCAAAUAAUCAAAAAUUGGUGAAUCCUCUGUCUCAAUCUUCAUCUAUGUGUUAUGUUGGUCAAAGUAUGUCAUCAUUGUCGUCCGCGUGUAAUAAUUUAACUAAAUCAUCUAAUAUCGAAAUUUUUUAUGAGUAUAAGAACGGUUAUAUUAUGGAUGCUGUUUCACUAACACUGUCUUCAAAGAGUAAUAAUAAUUCACAAACAAAUAAUAAAAAUAACCGCAAUAAUUCAACAUCUGAAUUAAAAACAGAAAAUUCAAUAGCUACAUCAUUAUCUACAUCGUCGUCAACCACAUCUUUGCAAACAACAGACGGAUUCACUACUCAACAGCCAGCAUCGACGUCACGGCGAAAUCGCUACAUAAGAAGUUCUACAGCUAGCGUAACACAGUUGUUAUCCGAUAGUUGCAAUAACCUGUUGCAGAGAUUUCGUCGCAAUCCCAGUGAACGUCCCGAAAAACGAUCUAAUCGUCUGGAAACAAGCCCGUCUAAAAUAAACACAAAAACAAAAGGUGCUAAAGACAAUAAUAAUCAAUCAAAGAGAAUAGAAAGCAAUAACGAAGAUAUGUCAACAAAACUAAGACGAGGUUAUGGUAGUUUUACAGCUGGAACUACAAAUAAACCAACAGCAUUUGAUCGUUUAAGAAGUAAUUUAAGUCCAGUUAGCUCGUACUACAGGCCGUUGAUGCGAACAUUUGGAAAAAAAGAUGAAAACGAAAGAAAAAGGGAUGAUGAUCGAGAUAAAACUCCAGUUGCACAAUCAACAAUUUCUCGUUUGGAAUCAAAAUAUUCAGAUAUUUUGGAUAGGUUUGCACGUCGACGCCAUCGUAAUGAACAAAGGCUGGAUCAUGACAAAACACUUGAACCGGACGAUGAUGAACAUGUAACAGGAGUGAUUAAUCCGUUAUCCAAAUCAGCUACAACAUCAUAUCUAGGUACACAUAAUACUAAUAGUGGUAAAAAGGAACGCACUCCUUAUCGCAUAGGUGUCAAAGCGAAAAAUAAGAUUUAUGAUUCAUCAGAUAGUGGUUACGCUAGUUCUGGAAGCACAGCAUAUCAAAGGAAUAUGGCAUAUGAUCCAUACGCUCGCGGAUAUGAAGUCUUAGAAACUUUAAAUUCAAAUAGUGGUGGUGGUAUUUCUAGACACAGAGAUCCUUAUGAUACAAUUAGUGGGUCCAGUACUUCUAGUCGUUAUAAUGUAAGAGAGUUUGGUGGUGAUACGGGAGAUAUGUAUGAUCGCGAGUUAGGUCGAGGUGGCAAGGAGAAUACUUUUAAAGCUCGUUAUGACCCUGAUUUGGUGUACACAGAACCAAAUGAUUCUUACGAAACAAAUAAUGCAAGUCGUCGGCGCCAAUUGAAAAAUUAUAGACGCAAUAUGGAUUAUAGUGACCAUAGAACUAACAGAUAUAAUCAGAACGAUUCAAUUGGUAAUGAUUUAGGUGAAAUUAAUAGAAAUCGUACAGCCCAACGUUCAAGAACACAAAAUAUAGCAGGCAUGAUGGAUCCAUUAUUAUUUGAUGACGAUGACAGAUCAUCAGCUGAUGUUGAAGCAAUUUGUGCUGUUCUACGAGCAGAUAAUAACGAAGCCGCAGCGAAAGCUUUUGAAGAGAAACAUUGUAAGUUAAAAGAACAAAAACGAAUAAAUAAAAAAUCAAAGAGACAUGAUAAUGAAGAUGAUGAACAAGUAAAUGAUAAAGUUUUGGAUUCGGUUUCAGAUCAAAUUACCAAAUCGUUGGCUGCUAAGGAAUCCAAAAAAAAAAACCAAAGAGAUUCCAGCACAUCAACAACAUCCUCUAGUUCAACAAGCUCCAGCAUAAGAGAGGAUAAAAUUACAAAAGGAAAAAAAAAUAAAGUAACUAAUGAAAUUAAUGAAAAUGAAUCUGAAACAAGCGAAAUCAAUGUCGAUAUUUCGACGAUGCCAGAUAAUACUAGCACAGCAGCUACUGAAACAACAUCUAUAAUAUCAGAUGAAACUGAAGUAUCGAACAGUGGUGAUAAAAAUGAUUCAAUUUCCAAAAGCAUAGAUGUUUCAAGUAGUAAUGGUGCUAGUAAAAAUUUAAAAUCUAGUAAUAAUAACUUGUCUCUAUUAACUUCGCCAUGUUCUAAUUCCACAUCUGGAACAAAUUCAAAUAGAAUUGGAAAUUCUUCAUUUGUAUCACCUACAACAUCUUCAAUAUCUGAUUUCGUUUCAUCAAACGUUACUAAUCCAAAUAUACCACGUAAAAAUUCUCUUAUUAAUAAUACAACAAACUACAAUCGCUAUAAUAAAUACAAAACACCGCCAACACUAUCACUAAUUGAACGUGCAACUGGUCGCGCAGUAAAUCACAGUAACAUAUUACCAUCAACACAAAAUAAAAGUAAUAACCGUUAUAAUAACAGCCUUUACAGUGAUUUAUUAAAUAAUAGUAAAAGUAAUUAUAAUAGUAGAAACAAUAAAAGUGACUAUUAUGAUUAUUAUGGUACUAAUAACAAUAGUAGAGGAGCAGCAGGUAUUUCUAAUGCUGCUCAUCCUAUUGAUAACUAUUAUAAUUAUGAGUCAACUUCAUCCAAUACUGGAUUGAGCAGUUAUUAUAGAGAUUAUCCCCUGUUACCGCCAUCUACUUCUAAUAAAUACAAUAAUCCAUAUUUGUAUAGUAACAGUCAAUAUAUGCCAUCAAGAGGAGGAAAUAAUAGUUCAUCUGGUUCUUAUAAUUUAGCUAAGUCAUCAUCUGCAUCUGCAUUGUUCAAUAGAUCACGCAUUCCAAAAACGCUAUCAACUUUUCAACCAAAACCUGUCAUUCAAGAUGAUCCUGAUGGCCAUUUAAUAUAUCACACCGGUGACAUCCUUCAUAAUAGAUAUAAAAUUAUGGCUACCCUGGGAGAGGGUACAUUCGGUCGUGUUGUGAAAGUCAAAGAUAUGGAAAGAGAGCAUUGCAUGGCUUUGAAAAUAAUCAAAAAUGUGGAAAAGUAUCGUGAAGCUGCUAAACUAGAAAUUAACGCUUUGGAAAAAAUUGCACAAAAGGAUCCGAAAUCUGAACAUUUGUGUGUAAGAAUGAUUGACUGGUUCGACUAUCACGGACAUAUGUGUAUUGCAUUCGAAAUGCUUGGGCUUAGUGUUUUCGAUUUUUUGCGUGAAAACAAUUAUGAACCAUAUCCAUUGGAGCAAGUCAGACACAUGGGUUACCAACUUUGUUAUUCGGUUAAAUUUUUGCACGAUAAUAGAUUAACCCAUACAGAUUUAAAACCCGAAAAUAUUUUAUUUGUUGACUCCGAAUAUACAACACAUUUUAAUCAUAAAAAGAGCCGAGAAGUAAGACGUGUGAAGAGCACUGACGUUCGUUUAAUUGAUUUUGGCAGUGCAACGUUUGAUCAUGAACAUCAUAGCACAAUUGUAUCGACACGUCACUAUCGUGCGCCAGAAGUUAUUCUGGAAUUAGGAUGGUCUCAACCAUGCGAUGUUUGGUCAAUUGGAUGUAUUCUUUUCGAACUAUACUUGGGAAUGACUUUAUUCCAAACUCAUGAUAAUCGAGAGCACUUAGCGAUGAUGGAAAGAAUUCUUGGCCAAAUACCGUAUCGUAUGGCACGAAAAACAAAAACAAAAUAUUUCUAUCAUGGCAAAUUGGAUUGGGAUGAAAAAUCAUCGGCUGGACGUUAUGUGCGUGAUCAUUGUAAGCCAUUGAGUAGAUAUUUAUUAUCAGAUAGUGAAGAUCAUGUACAAUUAUUUGAUCUUAUUAAAAAAAUGUUAGAGUAUGAACCUAGCCAGAGAGUAACAUUAAGCGAAGCACUACGUCAUCCUUUUUUCGAGAAAUUGCCUCCAUCACAGCGCGUAGGUGACCCAAAUGCAGCUAAAUUACUGUCAGGCAGUAGCAGCAGAGAAAGGUCUCACAGCCUAUCUAGAUGAGAGUCAAUACGAUUUGGUUAUUGUUAAUUAAUUUCAAAUGACAUUUCUUACAAAAAAACACACAAAAAUAAAUAAUAACAUUGUAUAGUAUACUGUGUAUGUACUUUAAAAUAAUUAUAAACAAUAAUGACAUAUAUAUUAUGAUACCACUUAAAAAUUACUGCUUAGACGUGAUUUUUAGUAGAAAGAUAUACAAAGUAAAAUCACACAAAUUUAAUAGCAAAAUACUGUAGAUAAUAUAAAAUAUGUAUACAGAAUGGAAAAGAAUUGAAUAUACGAGUGCAAAUCCUUUAAAUAAUAGAAUGGUAUAAUAAUUCUAAUUACUCAACUUUCAAUUUCUUAAAUCUAUUAUUUUUCCGACUAGUUCACUUAAAUUAUAAUUUAAGUUCUUGUUAAAAAUGGCCAUUUGGCCUAAUCUAAUAAAGUAAUGGCAAUUUAGUUUCAGUCUUUAAUUUUAGAAAAAAAUUUACAAUUUUUUGUGAUUUAAUUGUUUUUAUUUUCACCUUACGGAAAAAACUAAAAAAAUAGCAUGAAUAAUUAUUGAACUGGCUUAAUUUAUUUUAAUCACAUAAAAGGAAAAUUACACCAAGAGAAAAUAUGAGGAAUUAAAAUGUUUCUGAAAUAUUUAAACUCAAACGUUUAUUUAGAAGUAGGUAUGUAAUUCCGCAUCAGAAUUUUCAAAAAUUUGAAUACUAUACUUUCGUUCAUAUACAUAUAUCAAUCAAUCUAUUCACAAAAAUAUACAUAUUUUCAUUACACAAAUACAAAAUUUUAAAUUCAAGGAAGGAUAAAAAGACGUCUUAAUGUUUGAAAUAUCAAUUAUAAUUUUGGAAAUUAAUUACUUUCUUUUGUGUAUUUGCUAUUAUCUGAUGAUUUAAAAUAACAAAUUUGACCUUACUCAAUUAGAUUAUUUUAAUCAGGACAAUAAAAUACAUCUUGUUCUAUGUAUGUAUACUUAUUGUAUAUACAUAAUAUAUACAUAACUGCUUGUAUAUAUAUGUAUAUAUAUUUACUCAAGUUUUAUUUUACAAAAUUAUUUAAUAUAUUCGUAUGCCAGUUAAGUCUGGAAAAUGUGUUGCAAUCGAAAAAAUGUGAAGUCAUAGGAAAAAAUGAAUAUGUGUCUCUUGUGUCUUACUUAUUUGAAAGAUUAUGUACCAUAAUGUGUAUGACUUUGUAAUUGAUUAGGAAUAGCCAAAUCGUAAAAUUAUUUUUUUUUGUAUUAGCUGUGUGUUGGGAGAUAUACAUAUACUUAAACAAAAAAAGCAGUAAUCAGGGUUUCUUUAAAUUUUUAUUUUUAUAAAUUAAAAAACCAAAACGCUUGAAAAUAUACAUACAUAAAUAGUUCUA